AACUUUAUUUUGCGCAAUACUAAUGUAAAUUCAGUUUACGACCAAAGAAAAACUAACUUUAAGAUUGCAUUAAUUCUCAAUUUUAUUACAAUCGAUUUAUUACAUUUCAAAACAUUUCUUAAUAUAAAUUUUCAAUUCAAUUUCGUUACCUUUUUAUGACAAAGACCAUACCACUUUUAUUUAAUAUCUAUUAUAGUGCGUUACAAAGUUAAAUAUAUCUAAAACCCUCUUAAAUAAAUAAUUAUAUAAUAAGACAAUGAAGGCAGCAACAGUAAUUAUGUUCUUAGCUGCGAUGACUGUUGCUAAACAUCAUUGUAGAAACCUUAGAAAAGGUAUUGACGCCAAAGACUUUUUCCACAAAAUCAACGAAGACAUACAUACUUACAUGGAAGAUAUAUUCGAUUCCAUCAAUCUCUUCGACAACUUCACUAAAGAAUCUAACAUAAAGAAAUUAUUAACAAUGCAUCAUGACCUGAGUAACAUAGUAGAGAAAAAUACAGAAACACUCCACGAAAUACAAAACGCAUCUCAAGUGAAUAACAUUAACCGAACAGAAGAUAGAGUAAGACUAGACAACGCUGUAGAACAAAUAUUAAGGGAAAAUAAAAUAGAUGUGUACGAACAAAUAAAAGGGAAAAAGCACAAACAUAAUCACGAGAGACAUAAAGUGAUAAGUGGCAAGAAUGGCACGGAGCGUAACCAAAGCGAGCAGCUCGCAGACUUCGUGAUCGAUUUUUUGGGCGAAGUUAAUAAUGUAACGGUGAAUGAUUUGAGGGAGCCUUCGAAGAAGAAGAGAAGACCAGUCUCAUUUAGAAGGAAUCUGAAAGUUUGGAAGCCACCUCGCCACAUCAAGGUACACUUAAAUACUAAGACACGAAGAGUGUUCAACGGUGUGAAGACCACGGUGAAACAGUUUCCCUUCAUAGUGAGCAUCCACGUCAUGGGAGAGUUCGCCUGCGCCGGCAGCAUCAUCAGCAGAGACAUCAUCAUUACGGCGGCUACGUGUUUGCAGGAGUAACUAUACUAACUAAGAUAUCCUCACCAGCCUUGGAUAAUCCACUGCUAGGAGUU